CUAUAUAUUCUUUUACACCAUGAAUUCAGACGCAGUUUUAUUGUUGGAGACUGUUAAUUUCGCCGCAGAAAAACAUCGUAGCCAACGACGUAAAGAUUCAGAGGGAACGCCGUACAUUAACCACCCCAUUGGAGUAGCGAGAAUCCUCAGCCACGAAGGAGGCGUCACAGACAUCGAGGUUUUGCAAGCUGCUCUGCUUCACGACACGGUCGAGGACACGGACACCGCUCCUGCAGAGAUUGAGGCAAAGUUUGGACCGAUCGUGGCUCGUAUCGUUCAGGAGGUGACGGACGACAAACGCCUGUCCAAACAGGAGAGGAAGCGUCAGCAGGUGGAACACGCGGCUCAUUGCAGCCGGCAAGCUAAACUGGUCAAACUGGCUGAUAAACUGUACAAUCUGAGGGACCUGAACCGCUGCACACCUGUCGAUUGGACAGCCGAGCGGGUCCAGGAGUAUUUUGUGUGGGCCUCUGAGGUGGCGAAAGGCCUAAAAGGAACCAACUCAGCUCUGGAGGAGAAGCUGGAUGAGCUGUUCAGACAGAGAGGGGUCCAGUUCUGACAAAACGGCCACAACACAGUGGAGAACAGACUAUUUAAAUUACAUAUAAAAUAAAUUUUCAUUUGUAAAUUAUACAAAUAAAUCAUAUUUCAUUAAAAA